AUGCCGAAGCCGAACGUCACUCUUAUCCCAUGGGACCCCAGCUCUCCUGAACAUGUGAAGCGCAUGGUCGAGCAGCGCGUAAUUUGUGGCUGGCAAGCGUCAAUUGUCCCAACUGCGUGGAAAGACGGGCAUAUCAACGGGACGAAAUGCGUUUACUGGAUUAUAUUUUCGCAAGACGAACCGCAGCGCGAGAAAUACCUCGAGAUGCAUACCGAGGCUUAUCCCAAGGAAACAGAGGAACUUCUCGACACAAGCAAGACGCUACUCGGAAAACCGCGCAUUCCAACCAACGCAAAAUUCCUUCCCAUUGGGCACGUCGCUCUCGACACUCAUAUCUCAGACUAUGCAGAAAAGGUCGAACUAGACUUCCCCAAAUCUGGUGCAUACUGGGUCAAGAGUCUUUACGUAUCUUACACACUUCAAGGCCUGGGUAUCGGCGGAGUUGCUAUGAAUAUCGCUGAACGCAUGGCCAUCGAGGAGCCUCUCAACGCUAGGCAUCUGCUAUUAGACACGGUGCACCACGAAGACCAGGCAGAUGAGGACUUUGCCGUUGCCAACUAUGGAGGAGCCUUCAAGAUUCCCACCCAGGCUUGGUAUGAGAGACGGGGAUACAGGUUAAUUGGUGUAGCCGAGAACGUAUACCAAUAUCCAGAUGCAAAUGGGAAGAUUUGGCCGUGUCGGACAGUUUUCUUACAGAAGGAUAUUGUUUAG